UGCUUUUUCGUCCCGCCAUGUGAUAAGUGCUCACUCAGAUGAUUUUCACUCCGCUGUUCCCAAGCUGAUAGCGGUCCAGAACUCCAAAACCCUAGAAAUCCCAUUAAUGGCGUCAAAACCCUGAAACCAAUUCCAAUUCCAAUUCCAUGGAGCUUCUCUCUCCAAACCCACUAUCGAAUCUCUCUCCUGCCCUUUUUCUCCAUUGUUCUCCUUCCAAGCUCUGUUUCCACUCUCAAUUCUUUUGCAACAAACUAUCUAUAGGGAAAAAUGAUAGGGUUUCAACUCCUCUGAGAAUUGAUUGGGGAUUGUCUAAUGGUGGAAACUUCUCAAGAUUCUCUUUUUGUAGCUAUAGAAAAACUGGCCAUGAAGAACUGGAAUUGGGACAAAAUGGAGGCCAAGUCGAUGUGGUGGGAAUUGGAAGCAGAAAGGAUGCUUUUCUUAAUUUUUGCUUGAAUUCGCCCUUGAUUUCUCCAUUGGCGAGGUUCUGGACUGUAAAUGCGGCAGAUUCAAAAAAGUUUCACUUACUACAGAAGACUACUGGGAAAGAUUUGGUGCAAAGCCUUGUGGAGGAUGUAAGCUUGAAGCAUUGCAAUCACAGGGCCCUUAUCCUUGUGGCUAAUGCAGGAUAUGGCUCAGAUCAUCACAUAAUAACAGAGCUUAUUAGUGCCGUCAGGUCAUCUGAUGGGCUAGCUGUGUGUAUUGUGGUGAAGCCUUUCAGCUUUGAAGGACAAAAGCGCCAGUAUGAGAUAGAGGAGUUGGUAAAGAAGCUUCGCAACCAGAGCAACUUUUGUAUUGUGGUGGAAACCAAUGCUUUGCUUGAAAAGGAUGCUGUAACACUGACUGAGGCAGUAAGAAGUGCAAAUAAUGCUGUCUUAUUGGCUGUAAAUGCUGUUUCUGUUCUUGUGUCAGAUGUGCAUAGCAAACUUUUGGAGACACCAAAGGCUAAAAUGAAGGAGGUGGGAUUUUUAGAAGCUUUGGAAAUUUUGAAUGACUAUGGAGAAGGAAAAGUUGGAUUUGGAGCUGGUUAUAGCAUUAAAUCUUCAACUUUACGAGCUGUAUUUGAUUGCCCUUUUUUCAUUGGAGGUAUUCCGAAGGACUCAAAUGGCACGGUCAUCUGCACCAUUACAAGUUCUGAAUUCAUGGAGAAGAGCGACCUUAACGUUUUCAUUAAUGUUUUUCGUCAAGCUACACAGUUCAAUGGAAAAGUCAUUUGUUCCAACAUUAUGGAGCCCGAUCUCGAGCAACAUCUGGUAUUAACAACGAUUAUUGCAAUUGACUAUAACAAACAAAAAGUUGCCCAGAAGAGGAGUUUCUUUUCUGGGCUUGCUCGGCAUUUUCCAUUUGUUUUCUCAUUUCUGGGGAGAGAUCGUGAUUCAAAAUCUGAUGAGCUUCCAUCAGAGCAAUCCCUCAAAAGUUCACGUUCUUCAAAGAAGGAAUCAUGCCCAUCAGAUGUAGGGACCACUCAUGCAUCAAAUGUUCAGAAUCCCAUAGAACAUGCAGAUGACAGUGAUGGAACACAAUUUAGCAGAAAUCAUGAAGAAAAUAGUGCCUCCAGCAAAUUUAAUCAUGGAGAUGGAAGGACCGAAGUUGGCUUUUCAGAGACAUUUUCUGAGUCUGUUGCCUAUUCUUCUGAUUAUCUCUCAGAAGGAGAGCAUUCCUUUCAUAGGGAAUCAUUGGCUGGCUGGAAUGAGGUGCCAGUCUCCUUAAUUGCGCAAGAGUGGGCAAAAGAGCGAGCAGCAACUAUACAAGCUACUCCUAGGAUGGAUGAGUUUAAUUCUUAUAACCUUCCAGUUGGUGUAAAACACUCUCAGGUGUCCAAAGAUGAUCACCUGAGCUCUUGCAUUCCACAGUUAGCAGAAGAAAAAAAAUUGGAUGAUAAGAAUGGAGAAGUCAUGCAUGAUGGGCCUUCUUUUGAUGCAUUAACUGAUGCAAGUUUUGAAGUUGUAAAGGAUAUUUACAAUGCAGCAUCCACACUUCUUGUGGGUAAAACUGACAAUGGGUCUAAGAAGCAAGGACUGCUUUCUACCCGUGCAGCAUCCAUGUUGGAAGCUGAAAGAGACAGCCCCAGAAAGUGGAAUCCUGUAAUGGAGAUGCCAUAUCGAAGAGGAGUAUAUAAGGGCCGCUGCCAAGGCGGGCUUCCUGAAGGAAAGGGCCGUCUAACUCUCACAGAUGGAAGCUUCUAUGAUGGCAUGUGGCGCCAGGGUAAGAGGUCAGGUUUGGGGACAUUUUACUACAGUAAUGGAGAUAUGUUCCAGGGAUCUUGGAGAGAGGACCUUAUUCAUGGCAAGGGUUGGUUUUACUUCCAUACUGGAGACCGCUGGUUUGCAAACUUUUGGAAGGGCAAGGCCAACGGUGAAGGGAGAUUCUAUUCAAAAGAUGGAUAUGUAUUUUUUGGCCAUUUUCAGGAUGGUUGGCGGCAUGGCCAGUGUCUUUAUAUUGAAGCUGAUGGAACAAGAUGGGUUGAAGUCUGGAAUGAGGGAGUCCUUGUAAGCCGUAAGCUUUUAGAAACAUCUACAAAGACGGCAUGAACAUGUACACACCCAAGGGGAAGGAGAUCAACAUAAUUUGCUUAAGCAAACACAUUGUCACAUACAAUACACCGACCAAUCUCUUUCAGUGUCAGUGUUGAGUUAAUGGAUGACUUUGACAUGGAUGAUGCUGUGUGAUAUAUUGUGUUCCUCAUAUUGGAGUGGAGUCAUCCAUUGCUUGGUGAUAUGAAGUGGAAAAUCAAUCCGUUGAGAAGCAUUGUCUGAGAAAUUAUUUUUAUGCAGGAGUUGAUUUGCCAAUUUCGUUGUGAAAUGGAGGUCCUUAGAUGUGCUAAACUCAAUCCCCUGAAGAAUUGUGCAUUAUUUUGUUGAUAAUCAUAUGCAUAUUCAGGAGACUCAGGGAUAUUGUAAUUUGCCUUGCCAGAUAAUUAUAUUUUUCUUGUAAUAUACUUAAUGGAUUUUAAUGCUUCUUAUGCUCAUUUUUCAAAGUAAUUAAAAGUAAUUAUUAUCU